AUGGUGCAUUACGACCUAAACCAAGAGAACAUCGGCACAACUGAACCAGAGGUCACAAGAAGACCAGGUGUUCAAACUGAACCAGAGGUCACAAGAAGACCAGGAGUUCAAACUGAACCAGAGGUCACAAGAAGACCAGGAGUUCAAACUGAACCAGAGGUCACAAGAAGACCAGGUGUUCAAACUGAACCAGAGGUCACAGAAGACCAGGAGUUCAAAAAACAACCAGAGGUCUAA